UAUGCUAGACAUGAAUACAUGACGUAACAGUCUGGCGCAGUUUGCCCGAGUUUGCCUAGUGGCCAUUUUGUUUUCAAUCGCUCGACCAGCUAAGUUUCUAUCCUUAUAGGUGUCCAUCUGUCCAUUCAGCCUGGAGAGAGAGGCACUCAAGUUCGACGAUGGAUUCAAAACGGCAUGAACGGGGCUCCAAGUCCAAUACAGACUCGCCACCUGCUCCACCUUCGCCUCCUAUGUAUAGCGCAUCGUACACGACGUAUGAUGGGUACAAAAACAGAUUGUCGUCGCGUCGGUCACCUUCACCUUCGGAGUAUAGAAGCAGUAGAACUUCCCGAAAUGAUUCACCACAGGACAGACGUAGAAGAAGGCGCAGUACUUCAAAAUCUUCUCCAAGUCGAUCGCAUAAACGAUCUCGGUCACCUGAUAGAGAUAAAGAUCGAGAUAGGGACAGAGAUCGAUCACGAAAAUAUUCUAGAAGAGACAGAUCACGAUCUAGGUCAAAAGGAAGAUCACGUUCCAGAGAUAGAAGACGUAGCCGUAGUCGUAAUAGGAGUAGAGAUAGACACAGAGGCAGAGAAAGCCGUAGAUAUCAUAGAGCACCAUCAUAUGAAUCAGAUACUGCUGAAGAUAAUACAGAAACAAAUAUAUCACAACCGGCUGUUCCUAUACAAUCUAAUGCUUUCAAAAACGAUGGUAGUUUUAUGGAAAUGUUCAAAAAAAUGCAGGAACAAAUGCAACCUGCACAAAAACCGACGACUUCUGUUUUGGAAGAGAAAAGUGUUGUUCCUCCACCAUUAAUGGUGGGAAAGAGGCGAGGAGGGAGAAUUUUAAAAACUGGAAUGGUUGCUAAACCAAAGACUGAACAAACCGUUGAACAGCCCAAGGAUGCCUGGUCACUUUAUAUGGCUGAAGUAAAAAAAUACAGAGAAGUUUGUUGUCAAGAAGAAGACAACACAAGACCAUUGGUCAAAUAGUUGACUUUAACAUAAUUAUUUCUCAUUUAUCUAUGAUCAAUGUCAUUUCAAAAGAUACUGUAUUCAAUUUAAUUACUUUGUGGAUGCAUUUAAGCAUAGAAGAAUAAUUAUCGACCCAGUUUAAAGAAUUUCAACUGUACUAAAAUUAUUUUGAGUUUCAAUAAGCUUCAAAGUAAAGUAUUUUAAUACUUAAGUAAACAUAUUAUAUGCAGAAAUGUACAUGAACGUGA